AUGAAAAAGACACAUGAAGAAGCAAUUGAAAUCCUAAAUGAACUUGCAGAGAAUGCUAAUCAGUGCGUUGUAGAGAAUUCUGAAAGGAAGAAGACUGUAGGGGUGCACCAAGUUGAUACUUUCACUACCUUGCAGACGCAUGUUGCAUCAAUUGCAAAGGAUGUGAAACAGUUGACUCUAGCCCAGGCUCAAAUGACGCAAUCAAUAACGUGUGAUUUUUAUGCAGGAAGGCAUCCUACUCAUGAAUGUCAACAAGGGUCAUUUACAGAAGAAAAGAACAAUGUGAGAGGACAAAGACAAACACUUCAGGGGUACCAGAAUCACCAGCGACAACAAUAUCAACCUCAUGAGGGACAACAUGGGAACCAAUCGAGUUUUGAAGAGAUGUUUAAAAGUUUCAUCACUAAGGUUGAUGAACAGUUUGAAAUUCAAGGUGCUUUUAUUCGAAAUUUAGAAAAACAGGUUGGACAGAUUGCUAAUCAGAUAUCUGAAAGACCACCUAUAAAUCUUCCAAGUGACACGUUAAGGAACCCUAAGGAGCUGAAAGUUGUGACUUUGCGAAGUGGAAAAAAGUUAAAUGAUAAUUGUAAAAGCAAAGCUUGUGAAGUUAUAAAGAGCCAAGAUGAGAAACAAGGAAGUAAAAAAAUAGUAGGGAAGUCCAACGAAAUUCAGAAAGGAAAGGAGAAGUCAGAACUAGAAAUUGAUUCUAAAUAUAUGUCUGCAUUGCCUUUUCCUCAAAAUAUGAAACGAGAGAAGCUUAACAAGUAUUUUGGUAAGUUCUUAGAGAUGCUGAAGCAACUACAUGUGAAUAUUCCUUUCACGGAGAAUAAACUACCUCAGAAAUGUGGUGAUCCGGGUAGUUUCACUAUUCCAUGUACGUUAGGGACUGCUAGAUUUGAGAAAUUAUUGUGUGACUCAGGAGCUUCUAUAAACCUUUUGCCUUUGUUCAUAUUCAAAAAGUUGGAAGGAGAGCUCGGAAUCAUAAAAUCUAUCCCAAUGUCCUUACAGUUGGCUGACCAAUCCACCAUUAUUCCUGAAGGGAUAGUUGAAGAUGUUCUAGUUAGGGUGGACAAGUUUGUGUUUCCAAUAGAUUUUAUUGUGGUAGACAUAAAAGAAAAUAAAGAGGUUUCAUUAAUUCUUAGCCAACCAUUCCUAGCUACUGGUAGAGCAAUACUCGAUGUGUAUGAAAGGAAACUGAUGCUUAGAGUUGGAGAGGAAAAGGUAGUAUUCAAUAUGAAGAAGGUGGAUGAUCUCACAUUUAAGACAACCAAGUCGGAUAAAAAGAUCAUAGCAUGGGUGCGCGUGCGCUUGGCCAAGCCUGCACAAGGGAGCCAAACACUAUUUAUGACAUCGACUAAAGAGAGUCAGGGAAGUUUCCUUUACUUUUGCAUUUUCUUUAUUCCAUGGGGACAUGUCAUAGCUUAA